AUGUUUUUAUCACCUGAAAUUCGACGUGAAUUAAUAGUGCCAGCAACGUUAUCAGGUAGUCAACGAGUCCGACGGUAUCUUCAGCCUCAAGAACCACCAAAUGACAUACCAGGCAUUGACAAGAUUUCAAAUAUGAGGUUCAAUGCCAGAAGGGGAUCAGACAUUGAAAUCGGGCCAUGUAUAAAAUGCCAAGUUGAUGUAAAGCUGAAGGAAAUUUUUCGUCGUAAGUAUUUUGUUUGCUUUUUAUGUUUAGAUAUUGAGGAUUUUGUGGGAAAUGAGGAAAAAGUGUCGGAAACAACAGUUUUUUAAGCUAUUAGACUUGAACUACUAAAAACGUUAAAACGCAAACGUGGGAUAAGAAUUUUUAAUAGUUUUUUAUUAAUAUUAAAAUAUAGUUUAUUACAAGCGAUUUAUAAAAAGAAUGAAGUAAAAAGCUUUAUUUUGCCAAGAGAUAUGGCUUUUUAAUUAUAGUACUUAAAAAAUUGGUAUUUAUAUAAACUUUUUAUUGUAAUUUCUUUUAAAUAAUAGGAAACAACUUGAAAUUUUGAGCAAUAAAAGUUUGCUUAUUUUGCAAAUUAACAGCACGAAAAAGGUUUUGAAGCUUGGACGUCUUUUUAUGUUACAGUACUUCUACCGUGACCCUAGUUUUUAACUCUCUGGGGGAACUUUUAUUGAAAAUUCAAUAAGGUUAUGCAAAUAAUUUUGGUAGUUCUGUAAUUUUGACACAAUUUUUUACUGAUUUCAAUGUAAAACUUUCAAAAAUCAGCUUUUCAGACACACCCAGGUCUCAUGACCAACUAGUCAACCUAACACAAGCCCUAAUGAAGUGUAUUAUGGACAAAGAGACUUUGGACUCGAAGCAUUGUAGAUAUUCUGUCAUGUGUCUAGCCGCAUUAACAGCGACAGUCCGAUUGAAUGACAUUGACAAUGAUGUUUGUACGAUUUGUCUGGAGGAUCCUAGUGUAAAGCCAGUUUUUUGUUUAUUAUGUGAAAAAGUGAUUGGAUGUAACAAUUGUAUCAAGGUAUGGCUGGAUGAGAGUCCUGACAUGGUCAGAUGUCUCCGCUGUCAACGGUACAGCCUUAAGAUAAUGCCGUUGAUACGGGUCAGGAGGCCACCAGUCAAGAUACCAUGGUUCGGACAUGUCAUAUUGUUCUUCUUAAGGUGGCUGGUGGAUGCUUUUCUGCCGUUGAUAGCAAUGCUUAGUUGA